AUGCCUCCUCCCAGGCGCGGCGCGGACCUGACUCUCUGGGACUGCUUCCAAAUCGCCGAUCAACAUCGCGUCGGCCCCUUCGCGCACCAAUACUACUCGCCCAACUACGUGGAAGAAUACGACUGGAACCAAUUCGAUCCCGACUACUUUUCCGGGCCUGAGUUCCAGUCGCUCCCCCUUGAGGAGCAGUUUUGUCAUUUUCCCAGGGGCAUUGUGGAAAAUGUGGACAACUACCUCGACGGCAGAGCCUUGAAUAAAAUGCUGGCUUACAUGGGCGAGUCCAGGGACGACAGAUACGUGAGCUGGCUGGUUGAUCAUCAGCGCGAGGCCUGGCGCGUUGCGAAGCGGUUCAAUUUGAGACUAGAAUCAAGGAGGUCACAGUUAGAGAGGGAGUUGGGGGAGGGGGAGGUGGAGAGGAUAAGGGGGGCCAUGCAGGCGGCGAGAGAGAGGAAGAAGGUACGAGAGAGAGAGAGGAGAGAAAAGAAACUUAGGGAAGGACGGAGGGAAUUAGCAAUGCAGCGGGCGGAGGAACAGCAAAAAAAGCUACGAGAGGAGGAAGAGAUAAGGAAACAAGCCAAGGCUAAAGAAAUGAGAGUUCGCCGGGAGCUCGUUGGAGACUUGAACAGCGGGGCUUCGACUUUGAGGAAACAAAUUGCAACGUUCGCGAAGGGCGACGAGUCUGUGACUAUUGGGGAGUGUGAGGCACUCAUCGCCCAAAUUGGGCGGUUCAUCCGGCUCUUUACGCGGCGUCUAAAGGCGCACGUUGAGUCGCAGAAGGGGGAAGUCAGCUGGAGGGUGGUAUGGGCAGCGGUCGGGGGUGUUAUCAGCGUGCUCGAGCUGAUCUACUAUGACGAUGUCACGGAAAUCCAAAGAAACUCGUACGUGGACUGGAGGAAUCUAAAUGUCCUGUUCCACGUUGCGACGAGCGGUGCUAGGGAAGAAUGGGGUUCUUUACUGCGCAGCCUGUUGUUUCAAACCGGAAUCAACCACAUAAUGCAAUGGGUCCGCACGAGAGAUGACAUCCACGAGAGAUUGAGAGCAGUACUUGUGAACAUGGAUAGGCAUGGAAUGAGUGGCGCGAGGGAGAUGGCGAGUGAAAUUUGAUAACUCAAUGCGACUUGAGAGAGGUGGAGGAGGAUAUAUGUCUGCUUGGAACCCUCACAAAAAGAACCUAAGUUCUUGUUCUGUCCUUAACACUCAAAAUUCGUAUACUGUUUCCAUG